AUGGCUCCCCGUGGCCGACAGAGCGGCAACGACACCGACGCGUCCAUGCAGGAUGCGCCCGACAGCGUAGCCGGGGAACCAGUUCCAGAUGGCCGCAAGAAGCGCUCGGAGGCCAACCAGCUGCGAAGAAGCAUAUUUGGUAAAAAGCACGACAGGUUGGGAGAAUCAAAGGAUGACACGAUUCGCCGGUUCCGAUACCUUUUGGGUUUGACUGAUUUGUUCCGCCACUUCAUCGAGCACAACCCAGACCCCAAAAUCCGCGAAAUCAUGGCCGAGAUCGAUCGCCAAAAUGAAGAAGCAGCGAAAAACAAGAAGGCCGCUGGUCGUCAGGGCGGCGCUACUAGUGAAAGACGUCGCCGCACCGAGGCCGAGGAAGACGCCGAACUUCUCAAGGACGAAAAGCACGGUGGCUCAGCCGAGACCGUCUUCCGCGAAUCCCCCGCUUUCAUCAAUGGCACCAUGAGAGAUUACCAGGUUGCCGGUCUGAACUGGCUCAUUUCCCUCCACGAGAAUGGUAUCUCUGGUAUUCUGGCCGACGAAAUGGGUCUGGGCAAGACACUGCAGACCAUCUCUUUCCUGGGCUAUCUUCGGCACAUCAUGGGCAUCACUGGUCCCCACCUCAUCACAGUUCCGAAAUCAACUCUGGACAACUGGAAGCGAGAGUUUGCAAAGUGGACGCCCGAGGUCAAUGUGUUGAUUUUGCAAGGCGCCAAGGAGGAGCGUCACCAGCUCAUCAACGAUCGGUUGGUGGACGAGGAUUUCGACGUGUGCAUCACCAGCUACGAAAUGAUUCUCCGAGAAAAGGCCCAUCUUCGAAAAUUCGCCUGGGAGUACAUCAUCAUCGACGAGGCCCAUCGCAUCAAGAACGAGGAGUCCUCGCUCGCCCAGGUCAUCCGCAUGUUCAACUCGCGCAACCGUCUUUUGAUCACGGGAACCCCGCUACAGAACAACCUGCACGAGCUUUGGGCGCUGCUCAACUUUUUGUUGCCCGAUGUGUUUGGUGACUCUGAGGCUUUCGACCAGUGGUUCUCGGGCCAAGAUAGAGACCAGGAUACGGUUGUGCAGCAGCUGCACAAGGUGUUGCGGCCUUUCCUGCUUCGUCGUGUCAAGAGCGAUGUGGAGAAGAGCCUUCUACCCAAGAAGGAGGUGAAUGUCUACAUUGGCAUGUCGGAGAUGCAAGUGAAGUGGUACAAGAGAAUUCUGGAAAAGGACAUUGACGCCGUCAACGGUGCAGGAGGCAAGCGCGAGUCCAAGACCAGACUUCUCAACAUCGUGAUGCAGCUUCGAAAGUGCUGCAACCACCCUUAUCUGUUUGAAGGUGCGGAGCCGGGCCCUCCUUACACCACAGACGAGCAUUUGGUCUUCAACUCCGGCAAGAUGAUUAUUCUCGACAAGCUUCUCAAGAGAAUGCAGGCCCAAGACAGUCGCGUGCUGAUCUUCUCGCAAAUGAGUCGCCUGUUGGAUAUCCUGGAGGACUACUGCGUCUUCCGCGGUUACAAGUACUGCAGAAUCGAUGGUGGCACAGCCCACGAGGAUCGUAUUGCGGCCAUCGACGAGUACAACAAGCCAGGAUCUGAGAAGUUCAUCUUCUUGUUGACAACAAGAGCCGGCGGUUUGGGAAUCAACUUGACAACCGCCGAUAUUGUUAUUCUCUACGACAGCGACUGGAACCCCCAGGCCGAUCUGCAAGCCAUGGACAGAGCGCAUCGUAUUGGUCAAACCAAGCAAGUCGUGGUCUACCGGUUCGUGACAGACAAUGCCAUUGAAGAAAAGGUACUGGAGCGCGCGGCCCAGAAGCUGCGUCUUGAUCAACUGGUUAUCCAGCAGGGUCGCGCUCAAAUUGCCGCCAAAGCUGCGGCGAACAAGGAUGAGCUUUUGUCCAUGAUUCAGCACGGCGCCGGAAAGAUUUUCGAGACCAAGAGCGCCUUUGGAGAACUGGCCGAGAAGGGUGGCGAGCUUGACGAUGAUGAUAUUGACAGAAUUCUGAACGCUGGCGAGAGCCGGACGAAGGAGUUGAAUGCCAAGUAUGAGAAGCUUGGUAUCGAUGAUUUGCAAAAGUUUACCUCCGAGUCAGCCUACGAGUGGAACGGCGAGGAUUUCGCCGCCCGCAAAAAGGAUGUCGGGCUUAGCUGGAUCAACCCAGCGAAGCGUGAGCGCAAGGAGCAGAUUUACUCGAUUGACAAGUACUACAAGCAGGCCUUGCACACUGGUGGCCGGACUGCCGACACCAAGCCGAAGGCGCCUCGUGCCCCCAAGCAGGUAGCUGUACACGACUACCAGUUCUACCCACCCAGGCUCCGCGACCUUCAGGACAGGGAGACCGCCUACUAUCGCAAGGAGAUCGGCUACAAGGUUCCGUUACCCGAGGGCGACGACGACAACCUGUCUGAGCGGGAGGCCGAGAGGGCUCUCGACCAGCAGGAAAUCGACAACGCCACUCCCCUGACCGAAGAAGAGCAAGAGGAGAAGCAACAGCUGGCUCAGCAAGGCUUUGGCGAGUGGAACAGGCGAGACUUUCAGCAGUUCAUCAACGGUUCCGGUCGUUAUGGCCGGAACAACUAUGAUGACAUUGCUUUGGAGGUUGACAACAAGACUCCUGCAGAGAUCAAGGCAUACGCCAAGGUGUUCUGGCAGCGCUACACCGAGAUCGCGGACUACCCCAAGUACCUAAAGGUGAUUGAAGAUGGUGAGGACCGCAUGCGCAAGAUCGACCACCAACGCAAGAUGUUGCGCAAGAAGAUGGGCCAGUACCGUGUACCACUUCAACAGCUUAAGAUCAACUACUCGGUCUCGACUACCAACAAGAAGGUGUACACCGAGGAGGAGGACCGCUUCCUGCUGGUGCUGCUCGAUAAGUACGGCGUGGACACGGAGGGCAUCUACGAGAAGAUUCGCGAUGAGAUCCGUGACAGCCCGCUGUUCCGGUUCGACUGGUUCUUCUUGAGCCGCACGCCCACUGAGCUGGGCCGUCGCUGCAACACCCUUCUCACCACCGUAGUGAAGGAGUUUGAGGACGUCAACACGACGACCAAGACCAACGGUACGAACGGCAAGCUCAAGAGGGAGCUGGAAGAUAAUGAGGAGAAUGACGAGGAUAGCAUUCUUGGGUUGGCGCCGGCGAAGAAGAAGAGCAAGGCUAACGGGGUCAAGGUGAGCAUACUUGUUAUCGGAUGA